UCUCUCUCCCCCACACUCUUUCUCUUCCAAUAUAUUAAAAGCUUUUUUUUCUCUCUAAACAAACACUCACACUGCACACACUCUCUGAAACUCUCAUUCUCCAAAACGCAACACACUCUUCAUACUUCUCUUUCUCUCCAUGAAGAACUCACGCUGAACCAAAACCAAACACAGACCCUUCUCACAUUCUAAUAUACAAUCAUCCUCUUUUCAUUCAUUUACUCUUCACCUCAAAACUCGAAACAGAACAUAUGGAGAAGAAACAAGGCUUCUUUUCGGCUCUCAAAGACGAGGUGGUUCGCGGCCUUUCGCCGUCUCGGUCGCGGUCGCGGUCCGCCAGCCCGGCCCGAGCCAUGUCGCCCAUGUCGUCGCUGCUCCGGAGGAGGAAACACCAGAGUUCGUCUCACCACUACGUGGCGAAUCCGGAGCAGUUGAUUUCGAGAUCCGGAAGUCUGAGGCCUGUCGUGGGGGAGGCUCUGGCUCCGUUAAUGGAAGGCCCCGAUCCGGAUGGAGGGGAAGUCGGGGAUUCAAAGCGGGUCGGGUCGGGUUUGGGGCAGUGGGUUAAGGGGCAGUUGUCGAGGACGCCGUCUGUUACUGCGAUGGCUUAUAAGAGGUCUGAUCUGAGGCUGUUGCUUGGUGUCAUGGGCGCACCGUUGGCCCCGGUGCACGUUAGCAAUGACCCUUUGCCUCACUUGAGCAUCAAAGACACUCCCAUUGAAACUUCUUCAGCUCAGUACAUAUUGCAGCAGUACACCGCGGCCUCCGGUGGGCAGAAGUUACAAAACUCUAUUCGAAAUGCGUAUGCGAUGGGGAAGCUUAGAAUGGUAGCUUCAGAGUUCGAAACUGCUACUAGGACGGUUAAGAAUCGGAACACCUCUAGAUGUGCGGAGUCUGGUGGAUUCGUGCUCUGGCAGAUGAAUCCAGACAUGUGGUAUGUUGAACUUGCUGUUGGAGGCAGUAAGGUCCACGCUGGCUGCAAUGGCAAGCUCGUUUGGAGGCACACACCUUGGCUUGGUGCUCACACUGCCAAAGGACCUGUUAGACCACUGCGUCGUGCACUUCAGGGUCUUGAUCCAAGAACAACAGCUAGUAUGUUUGCUGAAGCUAAGUGUAUUGGAGAGAAGAGGAUUAAUGGUGAGGAUUGCUUCAUUCUCAAGCGUUGUGCAGAUCCUCAAACUCUGAAGGCCAGGAGUGAAGGUCCUGCAGAGAUCAUUCGUCAUGUGUUAUUUGGCUACUUCAGUCAAAAGACUGGACUUCUUGUUCACAUGGAGGAUUCCCAUCUGACCCGCAUCCAAUCCAGUGGUGGUGAUGCAGUUUACUGGGAGACCACAAUCAAUUCAUUCCUCGAUGAUUACAGACCAGUCGAAGGGAUUAUGAUUGCACAUUCUGGCCGUUCUGUGGUAACACUUUUUAGAUUUGGAGAGGUAGCAAUGAGCCAUACUAAAACAAAGAUGGAAGAAGCCUGGACUAUAGAAGAGGUUGCAUUUAAUGUUCCAGGUCUCUCAUUAGAUUGUUUUAUCCCCCCAGCUGACCUAAGGUCAGGGUCCAUCAGUGAGGCCUGUGAGCUGCCUCAUGAUGAAAGAGGAAAGAGCGCAAUUGCAUUAGCAGCGCAUCGAGCUAAAGUUGCCGCACUGGAGAAAGCACAUGAUGGUAGCACUGAUAACAUGAUAUGGAAGAUGGAAGUAUAACAAAGCGUAGGAUCAAAUCAGGGCAAUUGUUUAUAUUGGUAGCUGGUGUUAAUCUACUAACCGACCAAUUAGAAGUUACAGAGUAGAAGUUAAGUCAGAUUUUUGGACUUCUGAAUAUGCCUCUGUUAAUCUGUAAAUAGAGUGUAAUCACUAUUCACAGGUUCUCUUUGGGCCUGGAUGGAUCUAUAUACUCUAUGCAGAAUCCAACUACGGAGUUGGAGCUCAGUUUUCCAUUUAGGGAUAGAGCAAACGGAGGUUAAUUUUUAGUUUACCUUCUAUGCUUAAAGGAAGGUGUUGGCGAAGCUGUGGUAUAGCAAAUCCAUUGACCUUUCUUUGUUCUACUAAUUCUCUUGCUUAAACAAUACGGCAGUGGCAGUGAAAAGGAAAAACUGUUACUGGCUGGCAUAAUUUCAAGACUAAAAAUUUGUCUAGUUUGUUAAUUCUUCUUAAUCUUUUAUGGGUUGUUUUUCUCUUCGUGUGGUUGUUUUUGGGUUUGGGAAAGAAUAGGGAUUUUUGCUGGAUAUGUAGAGGGGAAGUGGGCAAGGUAAACGGGAAGAUGAUAUAUAUAUUUUUUUCUUGUUAGACGUUUGUUCAACUUCUCUGCUGACAAAAAGAUGUAAACAAGUGACAUUGUUCCAUCAGAUGAUAUUGAAACGAAUAUAGUGAUCAGCAUUUUUCCUUU